AUGGCUCGCGCCGUCGCCGCUCAUUCCGCGCUCCUGUCUCAACUGGCGGUCCGCAGCCCCGUCGCAGCGAGCCACGCGUCAGCCGCUGACAGGCUCCAUGCCGCCAUUCUUCCCGUGAAUCCUCUGCGCGCAGCGGCUUCGCGAGGAGCCAACAGCGGGAGGACCCACGUGUCCCGCGUCAACGUGUCGGCUUCUGCCGCAACCGAGCCUAGCUCCAAGGACCUCCAGGCGAAGUUCGGCAAGGAUGGAGUGAGCUUCGACGAAGGGCUGGGCGGCCUGCCACGUGUCAUUCUCGCAGACGCCUCCGGCAGCACGGCCGAGGUGUACCUGUACGGCGCCUGCACGACUUCCUGGAAGCUUCCGUCCGGCGAGGACCUGCUGUUCGUGCGGCCGGACGCGGUGUUCACGGGCGCCAAGCCCAUCAGCGGCGGCAUCCCGCACUGCUUCCCGCAGUUCGGCCCGGGCGCCAUGCAGCAGCACGGCUUUGCGCGCAACCUGACGUGGGACGUGGAGGCAGCGGAGGGGGGCGCGUCCCCCUCGCUCACCCUCGCCCUCUCCGCCAACGAGUACUCGCGCGCCAUGUGGGACUUCGCAUUCAAGGCCACCUUCAAGAUCUCCCUGUCGGCGGGCAAGCUGGAAACGGCUUUCACAGUGGCCAACACGGACAGCAAGCCCUUCUCCUUCACCACCGCUCUGCACUCCUACUUCCGGGCUGCCAUUGGCGGAGUGAAGGUGGCGGGACUCAAGGGCGCCAAGUCACUCAACAAGGACCCCGACCCCACCAACCCCAUCGCGGGCGUGGAGGAGAGGGACGAAGUCACUUUCCCCGGCUUCGUGGACUGCAUGUAUCUCAACACGCCAGAGGAGCUCGUGCUGGACAACGGGCUGGGCAGGAAGCUAGCCAUCCGCAACAAGGGGUGGACUGACGCUGUCGUGUGGAGCCCUCACCUCACCAUGCCUGCCUGCUACCUCGACUUCGUCUGUGUUGAGAAUGCCAAGCUAUCGGAGGUGGAGCUGCAAGCAGGCCAGACAUGGACUGCAGAGCAGGAGUUGGUGGCACUGUAG